AUGACACUGAUCUUGCAUGAGCCCGUUCACUUCCACAGGGUGUGAUGAUGUCGUUAACCUUUCUAUUCAGAACAGCAGCUCGGGAUGUCACAAAGGUCAGCCUGGGCCAACAUGUCCAGUCCCUACACAGCAGCUGUCAGCUCCUGGCUGUGGACAAAGCCCUCCUGAUGAAACUGAGGAAAAACACCGGCUACACUUUCACUAACUGCAAGAAAGCACUGGAGAAGUUUGAUAAUGACACAACACAGGCAGAGACCUGGCUCCACGAGCAGGCUCAGAAGGAGGGCUGGAGCAAAGCCAACAAACUGGAGGGCCGCAAAGCCAAAGAGGGUCUGAUCGGUCUGUUUAUAAGAGAUAGAGCUGCAGUUAUGGUGGAGGUGAACUGCGAGACAGACUUUGUUGCUCGCAAUGAGAAGUUCCAGCAGCUGGUUAAAGAUGUGGCAUUUGCCACCUUGGCUCACCAUCAGAGUAAAACCAAAAGCCAGACAGGAUAUAUCAAGAGUGUCCUGCCAGGAGAAGAGUUGUGUAAACUCAGUGCGAAUGAAGGAGCUUCACUUGCAGACCAGGUGGCUCUUACCAUAGGUCGCCUUGGUGAGAACAUGUCAGUGAAGCGGGCGGUGACGGUUGGUGUCCCUGCUGAGUGGCACAUAGGGUCCUAUGUGCACGGCGGUGUGAGCAGCCAGACUGAGGUAGCCAUGGGGAAGUAUGGCGCCCUGAUCGUAUUCCAGGGUGGAAAGGAGGCAGAGCGUGAAACUUUAGGUCGGAAGCUGGGACAGCACAUAGUGGGAGAGGCCCCUGUGUCCCUGGGCAACAUGGACGACCUGUCCUGUGGGGAAAGCGAGACACGUCUACUGCCUCAGACCUUCCAGGGAGACCCUAGCCGGACAGUAGCACAGUUCCUCAGGGGUCAGGAGGCUCGGGUGUUAGACUUUGUCCGAUUUCAGUGUGGAGAGGCAGCCAGUGAGAAAACAGAAUGAGAGGAGGGGAAUUAUUUAUCCAAUGGGUUUUGUCCUGUGUCUUUAUUUCAUAUGAAAAGUAUCAAUUUACCAUGAAACAUUCAGACGGUCACAGAUGAUGCAUUUAAAAGAACAACAACCAUUGUAACAAACAGUUCUUCAAUAAAAUGUUUCUAAUGAAAA